UAUGGAUUAAAUUAUAGGAAAUUUUUUAAAUAAAAAAUGAAUAUUUGUGAACACUGUGGAUAUCAUUUGAAAAUGAGCAGUUCAGAUAGAAUCGAACUUUCGAUUGAUCCAGGUACUUGGAAUCCUAUGGAUGAAGACAUGGUCUCUAUGGAUCCCAUUGAAUUUCAUUCAAAAGAGGAAUCCGAAUCCUAUAAGAAUCGUAUGGACUCUUAUCAAAGAAAGACAGGAUUAACUGAGGCUGUUCAAACAGGCACAGAUCAACUAAACGGAAUUCCUGUAACAAUUGGGAUCAUGGAUUUUCAGUUUAUGGGGGGUAGUAUGGGAUCUAUAGUAGGCGAGAAAAUAACCCGUUUGGUCGAACAUGCUGGCAAUCAACUUUUACCUCUUAUUCUAGUAUGUGCGUUCAGAGGAGCACGUAUGCAAGAAGGAAGUCUGAACUUGAUGCAAAUGGCUAAAAUAUCUUCUGCUUUAUAUGAAUAUCAAAAAAAUAAAAGGUUAUUCUAUGUAUCCAUCCUUACAUCUCCUACUACUGGUGGGGUUUUAAAUUUUUUUAUUUAA